AUGGACGGGCUUGUGAAGCUAUCACAGGUGUACUUCGACAACGCCUUUGGAUUUCAAGUCUCCCAGGCGCCAAUUGAGCACGCCACUCUCGAGAUAUCCAUCUCUGCAACAGACCCAAAGGGCACAGCUCACCAAACCACCGUUUUGGCCUCAAUGGUGUCCGAGAGUAACUUGGCGUCAUGGGUGAUGGCGGAUGCGGGCUCUGGUAGCACAUCUCAAGCUAAUUCGCAUUGACCAGAUACACGACGAGAUCCUAAACGUAUCCAAAGCAGCCUUCCGUUCCCUAACGAGUGCCAUGGGGGUUCAUCCUGCAGCAUUGUAUAUGGUGUGUAGAAAAUACGACGGCUUUCACACAUACAAAAGCCGUGGUUCGUCACACACCUGGUUCUUCGGGUCCAGCACACAUGCGUUAUUGUGGUGUUUCUCCCCGUCAAGAAGACAGACUGUCGGGGUAUUCAUGGAACGCAUACAGGCAAACUUUCCAGAUUUCUGCCGUGUCUUAUCCGCCUCUCUGAGCAUAUUCACGCUCCCCAAGUACUAUUUCUCAGCAGCGCCAUCCACCAACAGCACAAAUUCGAUGUCGGAACGGCCUCGGAGCUUGGAGUUAUCCAGAGAAUCGAGCAGCAGGCCGGAUUCGAUCCCUCUGCCGUGAAAGGCUAUGCCUUGGUCAAGUCGGAGCACACCGCCAAAAUGGUUCGCGCAGAAAUUGACGAGCUGACCGUCUGGUCGCAAGCAGUUGGCGAGAUAGGCGUCAAUUGUUCAAACAGGGGUCGCAAUCACCGUACAUUCUGGAGAAUGCUGGCUGCACUGAGGCAAGCCGAAGAGGAUUCGGAGACCUUAGGUCUCCCUCAAGGCCCGGCCAUGGAGAGAUACAAAGCAAGCUUGCGAGAAUUGUGUGGCGUUCUGCCUACAGUCGAACGACAAAUGGAAACCUACGACGAGUACAUAUUGUAUUUGAAGGACCGGACAGAGAGACUAUCUUCCGUGGUAAGAUACGGGGACAUUAUCUGA